UGGCUUGUACCAUCACAUGCGUCAUCUCCUCCACCCUCAGCACCACCAGCUUGUUUCCCCACAAACUCAACCUCAUUCUUCUUUCCCAACGUGUAUCGUGACAUAGCACGUUUCUGCAACACUCCCAGCAAGGCUUCCGGCAGAUCCCAGACCAAAAUCAGCCAUGUGGACCCGGCCGAGAUACCACGCGUGAACUCGGAAUCCCACCGUCUGAAAGCGGCUGUGGCUGUGCGGCCUACUAGUACUCCAACACAGUAUAAUCUCUACCACGCUGUUGAGUUGACGUCAAUACCAUCUCGCCAUGAGCAAGCAGGAAGCAAAACACCUCGCCAAUCGGGACGAGCCCAUUCCAGUCGUCACUGUCUCGUCGGAGGUAGGCCAGUCUGCCCCGGCAACACCCAGGAAGCACUAUGCAUCCGAGCAUCAUCUCAGUCCCAACAAGCUUAAAAGCAAGCUUGGAUCACUAGGUGAUAUUGCUGGGCUGGAGUCACCGAGUAGAGUAUCGGACAAGCUCUUCACCAUGCUCCUCUCCCAAGUCCUUCCCCCUGAAGACUACUCCCUAGAUGGGCAACCCUCCCCAUCCAUCAAAGACGGGCGCUCACGCACCUACGUUGAGCGUCCCGCCUUCAGCCUCCCUGUCAUGUCCUCCAACUUCCGCCGAUUCAAUGCCCGUAUAGGCGUAGCCUUCAUCUUUCAAAACCAACUCAUCCGUCUCUUCACAUGGGCCGUUCCCACUCAAACCCUCUCCUUCCUCGCAGUGUACACCUUCAUCUGUCUCGACCCUCCUCUCGCCCUCAUCCUGCCCCUAGCUGGUAUCCUCUUCUUCAUCAUGGUCCCCGCCUUCCUAACCCGUCACCCCCCAGCACCCACAUCCCUCCCAACAGACCUUUACCCACUCUCUGGGCCUCCCCUGGCCGCCGCGCAAACCAUCCGGCCCACCCCCGAGCUGAGCAAAGAUUUCUUCCGCAAUAUGCGCGACCUGCAAAACUGCAUGGAAGACUUCUCCCGCGCCCACGACGCCGUCAUCGCCUUCGCCACGCCCCUCACCAACUUUUCCAACGAAGCUCUAUCCUCGACCAUCUACAUGAUACUCCUGGUAACCUCCUGCACGCUUUUCAUCUCUGCACACCUCCUCCCUUGGCGCUAUAUCUUCCUCCUUCUCGGCUAUGUUGUAACCCUCAUCGGCCACCCCACAAUCCAAGACCUCCUUUCCUCGCCACCGGCUUCAGACUACCUCUCCGACAUGCAAUACCGCGUCCGUGCCUCCCUCCUCACUCUAAGCAAGUCGGACAUCCAACUCGCCUCUACCUCUUCCGACCCUGGCUUCGAAACCCGCGAAGUCGAAAUCUUUGAGCUGCAACAUCGUCCCUUGCACGACAUACACGGCGUCUAUGAGCCGUAUCUGUUCAGCCCGAGCCCGUAUGCGCCGCUGAGUCCGGCGCGAGUGGCGGGCGAUAGACCCAGGGGUGCACCGUUUUUCGAAGAUGUGCUGCCACCUAGAGGUUGGAGGUGGAGAGAUAAAAAGUGGACGCUGGACUUGAUGAGUAAGGAGUGGGUGGAGGAGCGGUGUGUAACGGGGGUGGAGGUGGAGGUGGAAGGGGAGAGGUGGGUUACUGAUUUGUUUUAUGAAGAAGGAGGAGAGGGGGGAGAUCAACGAUGGAGUGGAGGUAAGGGGACAGAGACUGGCAGGAGGGACCCAGCGGGCAAAGAGGGGCAGGAAAGGCAAAGAGAAGUGUUGGUGAGCCCCUGGGAGCGGCCGAACAGGGAGGCCAGGAAGGGGGAGUGGAGACGGAGGAGAUGGGUUAGAAUGGUUGAGAGGAUGCCGGUGCUGGAGAAUGAUGCAUGAUGUGAGGUGCAUAGGAUGUACCAUACUAUUCAGCUUGCUAUCGCCUACGACCGACUGUUGUCCAAGGCCG